GGGGUAUGCAUCUGGUGCGCAUUUGUGAAUCGCGAGAAACACAAAAGAAGAGUGCUGUAAGAUAUUUCGACAAAUCAAGAGAAGGAAGGAUAUGGUUAUCCUUCAUAUCCCAAGAUUAUCCUUUUCUCUUUUCACAAUCUCAUCUCCAUUAUUCUCUCGUAAAGCCUAUUCGUCACGCACGUUAACCACCCUCUUACACCCACCACCUAAAUCAACCCUCACAACAACUUCACAACCAACAAUAAUAAACCCUAAACCCCAAAACCUAUCUCUCGAUAAACUCUUCGUUCCACCAGAAACCCCCAUUAUCUCUCUCGACAACGCAAGAAUCUUAAACGGUUCCAAUAUUUUACUAAGUAACUACGCCAACGACGCUCAAAUCAUACAAGCUGAUUUUGUGAAAAGCAGUGUUAGAACUGAAGAUUGUCCUUCCGAUGGACUUCCUGAAUUCGCUCUUGUUGGUCGCUCCAAUGUUGGCAAAUCUUCGCUUCUCAAUUCCAUUGUUCGCCGCAAAAAGCUCGCUUUAACUUCAAAGAAACCUGGGAAGACGCAAUUGAUUAACCAUUUUCGAGUUAAUGAUAGCUGGUACUUGGUUGAUUUGCCUGGAUAUGGGUAUGCAUCUGCACCGCAGGAACUUAGAAUGGAUUGGGCAAAAUUCACCAAAGACUAUUUCCUUAACCGGUCAACAUUGGUUUCGGUUUUCCUUCUAAUAGAUGCUAGCAUUCCUGCUAAAAAAAUUGAUCUCGAGUAUGCCGGUUGGUUGGGUCAGAAUCAGAUCCCAAUGACAUUAAUCUUUACCAAAUGUGACAAGCGGAAGAAGAAAAAGAAUGGAGGCAAAAGACCUGAAGAUAAUGUCAAUGAUUUUCAGGACUUGAUACGUGGCUCCUUCGAAACUGUGCCUCCAUGGAUCAUGACGAGUAAUGUCACCCAUCAGGGUCGCGAUGAGAUACUUCUUCAUAUGGCCCAGCUUCGGAACUAUUGGCUCAAGCACUAGUUUGUGGCAUUCUGUUGUCACAGCUGGGUUGUCCAUCUUGAAUAGGGACUGUAUAUUUGAGUCACUGUAUCUUUUUCUUAUUCUUAGUGGCAAGUUGUAGGGUAGACUCAAUGUAUCCAGCUUAUGAUUCAAGUUCCAAAUUCAUCUGAUUUCUCAUGUUUAUAGUAAUAGAAAAAUGCCUUUAAAUCGAUUUACACA